UACCGACGGUUCAGAUCGCAUCCAGUUCACAACUCCGCAGUCUUUCACCGUCUCACGCCCACUCCGCCAGUCCGCCACACGCCCGCAGCGAGCGCGCGAACGGGAGAGACAUGGCCCACUCGCCGUCGGGAUCCCGCGCGGCGGCACCGUCGACCGAGGGCGGGACCUUCACCGACGCGGGGGCGGAGGACGUCGUCGACUCGAAGCUCUCCGCGUUCCUCUUCGACGUGUCGCAGCAGGUGCAGGGCGGUCUCCAGAACAUGCUCAAGAUGAGCAGCGAGAUCGAGCGGUGCGACGGCGAGAUCGAGGCGGAGGUGGCGCGCGCCAGGGACGCCGUGGCGGAGAAGGGCCGGGCGCUGGACGACGACCGGGAGAGGGUCCAGAAGGCCGCCCUCGCCGCGCUCGACAUCCUCAGCGGCGGCCGCGGCGCCAUCUGAAGGGGGAUGCGCGCGACAGACGCCACCGCCACCGCCGACUUCCCCCCACGUCACGCAUGAUACCACAAACAGAAACAGUUCGUGCAAGACUCCACCUCCAUCUGAUAAUGUCGCGGCCAGUGUGAUGUUACCGUUAGCCUUUGUAUUGGUAGCAGAAUGAUGGUAGAUAGGUGAUAGUAGUGGCAGGCUAGCAGCUUGUGGCUUCGUGCAGGUUAGGUUCUUGCCUGUAGAAUACUGGAACGGAAGGACACCGUGUUACCGUGGUAGCCUCUUGCACUGCUGGAACGGAGUUUCCUCAGCGGUGCUGCAGCGGACUCACACGCUGAUGAGUGAAGUAUUUAGUUUUGAACACGAGUGCAGUGGAGCUGACAUGUCACUAAGGGAGAGUCCCUCUGCAAUACUCGACGGACAGUAUGUUCUCUCGGAUAUUGAUGCUUGGUACUCCUUUUGUUCUAAAAUGUGAUUGUUUUGGCUU